AUGUCGGUUUCCGCAGAUGCAGACUCGAUUGUAAACGGUCGCACACUGGUGCUCAACCAACCAAUCGUCAACUUCUUUUCGUGGUUCUUGGUCUGGAGAGUCCCCACGUUCAAGAUGCUUCUCCAUCUCCUCAAAACGGAUGAGAACUGGGAGCUAGACGAAAAAUCAAUCCUAUUUGUCUUUGCUCGGCUUUUGAAAAGUAAAUUUUCAGAGUGGAUUGUGGUUUUUCCCGAAGUCAACAUAUGGACUCCCGAAAACUUUCAAUUGCAAAGACAGAUUGGCGAAAAGUAUUAUCUACCAAAGUUGGACCAAUUGCUCUACCCUCGAUUCUCAGCUUUUUACAACGUGGUUACUGCGUUGCAGAGAUACAAACCGCAUCCCUACUCCAACUUGUACGAUAUUACAAUCUUGUACACUCGCGAGACUGCUAACGGGGAGGUGUCCUACACUCCUCCGACAUUGCUCGAAGUGUUUUCAUCGCCUACUCCCAUCAAGAUCCUAGUCUAUGUCAAGAUCAGGUCGAUUGCUAGAAUCCCACAAAAGAGAAAGAAGUUGGAGCGAUACUUGGAGCAUCUUUGGAAACACAAGGAUAAGAUAAUCACCCAGAUUAGGAGCGAAAACACCCAGUACACCACGGCACGUAACUUGGAUGACAGCUUUACCUCUUCGCUCGUGGCAAACACCUCGAGAACUCAAUAA